CACACCUGGCUCCCCAUGGCAGGUGAGUUAUCACUGCUCCCACUGCUCCCAGAACCAUUCCUGGAUGACUCUCCAACCCUCUGGCUGAUGUACCUGCCCCUGCUUGCCCUGUGCAAAGUGCUCGCCCUGUGCAAGGUGCUCUCCUCCGUGCACGUGCUGGACCUGGAAGCUCGGGGCUACAUCAAGCCCCACGUGGACAGCGUCAAGUUCUGCGGGGCCACCAUCGCUGGCCUGUCUCUCCUGUCUCCCAGCGUUAUGCGACUAGUGCACACCCAGGAGCCGGGGGAGUGGCUGGAACUCUUGCUGGAGCCAGGCUCCCUCUACAUCCUUAGGGGUUCAGCCUGUUAUGACUUCUCCCAUGAGAUCCUUCGGGAGGAAGAAUCCUUCUUUGGGGAGCGUCGGAUUCCCCGGGGCUGGCAAAUCUCUGUGAUCUGCCGCUCCCUCCCUGAGGGCAUGGGGACAGGGGAAUCUGGACAGUCGCCCCCAGCCUGCUGACCCCUAGCUUUCUAGACACCGGAUUUGUGAAUAAAGCUGGGAAUGGACAACCCA